AUGGCAACAGGGGAGUUGGACUGGUUGAACCGCCCAUCAAUCAACCCGAAUUUACACGGUUCCCUCCAUCCACUCAUUACGACUCUACCAAUGGCCAGCAUUGUCAACAUCAACUCAGCGAACUUGCUUCGCUUGGGAGCUUUGGGCGUUGGCGUUUUCUACGGAUUCACGCACAAGGCGUCCUUGACCCGCUUCGUGCAGCAGCGCAAGGAGGAGGCUUCCCGAAAGCACCACGAGGAAUUGAUUGAGGAGGCUAAGAUUGCGUACGAAGCUCAGGUCAACAAGGAACAGGCUGUAUUGGCCAAGAAGGCUGGAAUUCCCACAAUCGACUCUGACUCCUACCGCUUCGAUGCCGAGAGGUACUUGAACUUUGCCAUCUCUCAAGUAGAAAAGGACACCCCUGCCCCCAAGAAAUAAGGAGAGAGCAUCUUAAUAAACAAAGGGAAUAUCCAACGGAGACUAGUAGAGAUGGGAAAUAUGUAUAGGACGAUUGGAUUCUCGGCAUAACAGUCUUCACACAUGAACAGUUCUGGGAAGCUCUAGUAUUCCUGUACCAUUAUGUUACUUUUUAUUGGAAGAGAUGGCUCGGAAGUAACGAUGAUAGCCUCAUCUAUUUCACAAGUAACGAUAUACGCCUUUUGUUGAGA